AAAGAAGAUCGAGCGAGAAAUCCCCAAUCCCCACCAAACCCUAACCCUAACUUAACCAACCAGGAGAGGAGAGAUCCGGCGAUGGACGUCGAGAAGGUGCACUUCUCCAUGCCGUUGCCCGCCGGCUUGGAGGGUUUCCCCUUCACCACGUUCCAGGCGGAGCAGGAGGCCUUCAUCGUCAAGUUGAGGGCGGAGGCGAAGAAGGCCAAGGCCAAGGCCAAGGUGAAGGAGGCCAAGCCGGAGAUCAAGGCCAAGGUGGAGAAGGCCAAGCCGGAGAUCAAGGCCAAGGAGGAGAAGGCCAAGCCGGAGGUCAAGGCCAAGGUGGAGAUGAAGACCCUCACCACGGAGGAGGAGGAGGCGCUCAUCAAGUUCGUGGCGCUGCUGGAGAAGGAGGAGGACUUCCUCGACGCCAAGAAGGAGGCGGAGAAAUGUGGCUCCAAGAGGAAGGUGGAGUUGGAGCGGGACGAGGAGGGGGCAGCGUUUGUGGCAUGGAUCGAGUCCACGAAGCCACCAACGGACCAAGUGGAAUACUCGGAUGGAGAUGUGUCGGACGGCUACGACUCGCAGGACGACGCGGAAGCCAACAUCGGCAGGGUCAUGUCGCGCUAUGAGCGUCACGUUCGGGCCAACAACGCUCGCUGGCCUUUCUUAAUUGGUGGGGGGCCUGGGGGCCAAAUCCAAUCCCCUGAAGAUGCUGAUGGUAUGAGAAGCUGACAAGGAGCAUCACCAAUGCUUUACCAUCUACCAACCGUGUAUACAUCUAUAUAUAGAUAUAGUAAUCUUAUUGAGACUGGACAAUAAUUUUCAGACCAAUGAUAAGAUGAUCUGUUUUGGGCCGAGUUUCAUUUAGCUUUGUUCCAGACAUAAUUCUGAUUUUGGUUUUUUUCGUUCCUUCAUACGUAGGAUAUUUAUUUUUCAUCAUUAUUACAAAGUCUUAAGAAGACUGAGGCGUGUACCUAUCA